AUGCGAGCCGCUAGAGACGCGGCCGGCGCCAAGCCGGACGCGCAGCAGCAGAUGGUCAAGAAUGUGAUGCGAGGCGCAGCGGUCGUCAUCGUCCCCGCCACCGCCUGGUUCGAGUCGGGCGUCUUCAUCUAUUGGCUCACCGCAGCUGGGCCUGCGGUGCACUCUCUCCCCUUCAGCUUUGGUGACGCGAUCGUCGCGAGCCUGGCCGAGGCGACCGCGCCCCGCCCCUCGGAAGGGAGUGAGCACGGCGCGCAACCUGCUCUCGCCGCCGCGUGCGCCGCCCUCGGGUCUUCCGCUGCCGGGCAGCCAGCACACUGA